AUGCAAUAUGGGGAGAGGAAGCAACAGAGUUUUUCACCAUGGUUCCAUAAGUCCACUGAGGAUGAGUCCUUUGUGAAAAGCAAGGAGUUCAUGCGAGGUGACCAUGAGUAUCCACUGUGUGAAACUAAGAAAGUGAAACCUAAUUUUCAACUGAGACUCCAGAAUGUUGGAGAUGCCAGCACUGUGAGACAUUUGCUGAGGAAAACUGAGUGCAUGAAGUUAAACCAGCCAAAGGGAGACCAGUGUGUCCUUAUUUCAAAAGGAAUCCCCUACUCAGUUCAAGCUACAAACACAGAAAUGGCAUUAACAGAAGAGCCUAGGAGGAGCGCUAAGAAGGACAAAGUUCCGUCUUUGAUUGCCUCUGAGCAUAUUUCACAGAAGCAGGAUGUGAUUACUUUUACUGUGACUACAGAUCAAAGAAGACAAACUAAGCCAACCACGGUAAUCAAAGGUCCAUGCAAAGAAGAGAUAGCAACAGAAGAUGAAAAAAAGUGUGAUAGCCAUGAAAGUGUACAGUCCUUGUUUAAAUGGAAGAAGAAGACAGGGUGCAGCCCCAAGAUGGACACAGUGGAAAAACCAUCUCGUGGUCACACUGCUGCAGCUGCUGCCGCUGCAGAGGGUGGUGGUGCUGAUGCACCUGCUGCUGCCAUUCCUGGUAAUGGUGCUAGAAAUGGAUUUGCCCGACAGAAGCGUUGUGGGAAGUCUGGUAACCACCAAUUUCCUGUUACAACAAAACAGCAUGUUGGGCUGAAUAAGAAACCAUGUGAUGAAAAGAAUAAGGCCGUAAAACACAUGGAUGCUAUGGAUGAUCACCAGUUAUCCGAAUCAGUCUCUGAGAAUGAUGAUUUACCUGAUUAUGACAAUAUAUUGAUGAUAGUUGACCAACUUCAAAUGAACUAUAAAGAUUCUGGAAGAUUGUUGGAAAUCCAGGAUGCAGUUCAUUCAUAUAAAAUGAUGAUAGGACGUAACCAAGGUCACUCAGAGUUACUUAUAGAAAAAAGUCAUAAUAUAAAGGACCAAGCUAGUGAAGUGCUAAAGAAGCCACAAGAAACAGAAAAGAGGAAAUCACAGCUCAGAUGUAAAAAUGAAGAACAGCAACUAGAACACACUGAUGUGGGAUUAGCUGGAAAACAAGAAGCACAACAAAGAAAUGCUCAUUAUCUCUAUGAAAAAAUUAAGAAGCAAUUAACUGAAAAAGAAGAGCAAUAUAAAAAAGAAAAACAACAACUUGAAACACGCCUUGGAGCACAAGAUAUGGAACUGAGGCAUCUAAGAAAUGAUAUGAAUAAGUUGCAAGAAGCACGGGAUCAAGAGGCCGAGGCUGGAGACAGUGAUGGGAUGAUUAAGGAACACCUACAAAGGGUAGAACAAGAAAUUUUCAAGUUAAAAGAAACCAUCAAAAAGCAAGCAGAGACAUUAGAACAACUUGAGAAAAAACUACUAAGUAAAGAUAAAGGUUUGGUAAGAACUGACAGUCUGAUACAAUCAGGUCAGGAAGUUUUUACUAACUUCAGAGAAAUUUGUACUACUUCAGUGAUGAACCAGCUGGAACUCAGAAUCCAAAGUCUGGAAAACAAGAUCUCUGAAAUGAAGAUUCAAACACAUGAGGAUGUAGUAGUGCUGGAAAACUAUAACAAACUUCAUCAAUCACAUAAACUGAGACAGACUGAAGCCCAGCUGAAGGAGGUCACUGGCCAGUUUCUCACGCUGAUUCAGCACAACAUGUCAUUACUAAACAUGCUAAGCUCCAUACUUGCCUCAGAGUGUUGCUGUGUCUCAAGUUUUCAUAGCAGUUUGGGAAGUCUCUUUACCCAAGAGAACAUGGUGACUCCCACUUCAGGCCCACAAUCUUCAAAGCACCACAUAACAGCCAACCUGGGUGUGUCUGCAGAUGACAAUGAAGAUUUCAAUAAAGAACUCAUCAAGUUAGUUGUGUGUCCGCAGCCUGAGCUGGAUCAUACAGAGAAGAAAUGCAUGAAAUUAGCUAAAGAGAAAAUGCUAAGCAAAAAAUGUUUCAAAUGGACAAAAACCUCAGCUGAGCGUGAAAAUGGAGAGCAGAGUUUCUCUGAUGUUUCGAACACCAGGCAAUUUGAAAAGGAUAGUCCAGUUGAUUUACCAAGACAUGAGGUACUUUUCCAGGAGUUAGGGGACCCAAAAAAGUCAAUAAGAGAAGAACAUCAACAAACUUUUGAUGAUAUAAUAGGAAACCAUAAAGCUUUGUGCAUAAGGCCACAGAAAUCCACACUUUCAAAACACCCAGAAGAAUUAACUCAUCACACCUCAUAUAAAGCUGAACCAAAACAAUAUGAGGAUCCCUAUCUAGAAAUGGUAAAACUGACAAAGUCAUUAUCUCGUGAACAACUAAAGUCUAAGAACAGGCGAGAUGAGGCCAUGAGGAAAAACUUGAAGAAAAUGAAGCUUUGCGGUUCUGCACUGAACAUGUACGCAACGAGCCCUGCUCCACGGUUUGCGGCUAGCCAUCCCCGCAACAGUCGGAAACGCAGCGGAAGCUUCAUUCAAGCAGAAGCCUUGGUCCCAGGCUCCAGGCCACUGCACUUCGUGGAGAGUCUCGGCAGCUAUCUGGGCAGGGUCGGCUGCGCUAUACUGUUUGAUUAUGGUUUCAGACGUCUGUUAUAA